CGAACCCGUGUCCCCUGCACUGGCAGGCAGAUUCUCAACCAUUGCGCCACCAGGGAAGCCCCUGAACUCUUUAUUCCACAACCUAUAUGUCUUUAUGCAGUACCACAUAGUCUUGAUUACUGUAGCUUGUAAGUUUUGAAUUCAGGAAGUAUGAGUCUUCCCAACUUUGUUCUUCUUUUUUCAAGGUUGUUUCGGUUAUUCUCUGUCCCUUGCAUUUCCAUAUGAAUUUUAGGAUCAGCUGGUCAGUUUCUGCAAAAAAGAAGCUGGGAUUUGACAGGGAUUGUGUAGAUCAAUUUGGGGAAUCAGGCCUUCUUCACAGUAUUAAUUUUUCUAUAAUAUUAGUUUAUGUUUAGCCAUCUGAAGAAAAGUGGUCUUUUUAAGGUUUAUGUGGUAUGAUAGAGUACAUAUGCAACAUUAAUGUUCUUAUUUCACAAUACUAUGAUUGUUUAUUAUGGGCUGGUAGGAGCUGAAUAUGUAAGGGAGAGUUGAACACCAACAUUUGAAAUGCUGAGGGUAUUUUAAACUAUAAAUUGUAACAAAUUCAUAAUGAUGAGGUACUCCUCAGUAAAUAAAUUUUAAAAUGCCAAAUUGUGUUAAGCAUAUUAAAAUGUAUUUAAAUAUAAUGUAAUUACUCUGGAAAUCAAGCCCUGUUCUCUUCAUCAGUACUAUUUUUCAGCAAUACUGAAUACUAGUAUUUUUUCAGUCUUUAUUAAGCCAGCUCUUUUUUAAAUGUAACUAGAUGUUCCAAAUAACAUCCAACCUGAAGAUUUUUUUAAAUUCUCAACAUAAAAUUUCUUACGUUGACAGUAUUACACUCACACAUAAUUAUAUGGGUAGGAAAACAGCUAAAAUGCCGGAGUGAGUUAAUGACAUUUUCUGUAACACUGAAAUGCCAGUCUUUUCAGUGCAGUAAAAUUAAGGGUUUAAACCCCUUUUUAACAUUGUACUGGAAUUUUGGUUUAAUUUGUUGAAGCUUGGUGAUCUUUCUUAGUAACAAACGGACAUUUUGACCUAUUCCGUUUUCUUCUUUGUUGGGGGGCUGUUUUUCUUUAUAUAUAAGUUUUUACUUUUCCUGUUCUGGGAUCCUCUUUCUGUGAGUGUUUGCUGAAGUUUUACCAUUACCACUUUUCCUUAGCUAUAGCCAUAGGCAAGUGAGUUGCAAAUUCAGACUGUGAUACCUAGAACUAGCUGGAUAUUUAUUAAUGAAGCGUCUUCAAGGCACAGAAAAUAGAUACUCCUACUCUUAGGGGACAGGAAGUGUUGGGGCAGUUAAGGGACAAGGCAGAAAUGGCCUCACCAGCCUGUAGGACCUAAAGAUGAAACCUAAGAAAAGAUUAGAAAAAGCUUGUUGAUGAUGUAUUAGCAAAUAGAAAAGCAGACUUGGAGGUCUUUGCUUCUGUUAGGGCUUUUUUGGAUUAGGAGAUCUAAAGUUGAAGAGUAAUAAAAUAGCUAUGGCUAGUUCUUAAAUAAAAAUGUAUACACAAAGUGUAUGCAGAAAAUUAACUACUAAAAGAAUAAAGACCAGAAUGAUUUAUUUGAAACUGAUUUUGAUGUAGCCAUUUUCAGUGACUUAGAAAUCACCCAACCUUUUUGUUAAUGCAAACUGACCUUGCCUCCAACUAUCAGGGUUGAAGCCAGCAAUGGAGAGUGAAGAAUGUCAGCAGUGAGGGCAUCAUGAGCAGAAGGGGAGACAGCGGCCAGGAAUGGGCAGGAGGAGAAAGAUGGAGAAGGAAGGGAGUCAGAUCAAGAGGUAGGAAUGGAAACAUACAAAGGAAUAGAAUAAGAGAAGAAUGUAAAAACAACUGGAGAGAGAAGGGAAGAGAGGAGUACAAGUGUAAUCAUUGAAGUAAAGUCAAGUGUCAUCAUUUCAGUGUUUGAAUCUGCUUAUUAGGACUACAAUGAACCCUUUAAAGAAUUGAGUUUAACCGUGGAAGAAAGAAGGUGAGCAAGAAAGAAGGGAAUUUUGAUGAGCAUGUUAAAUCACUUUUUAAAUUUAAGAUCAACCCUAAAAAUACACAACUGUUGUUUCAUUUUGCAGCAUAGUGAUAAUAAUAUUUGAGUCAUAUUACUAUGGGGCACUAUUCUAAGUGCUUUACAUAUAUUGAUUCAUUUAAUUCUUACCACAACUUUAUAAGCAGAUACUAUUUCUCCCAUUUUACAGAUGCGGAAACUGAGCCACAAAGAGAAUAAGUAAUUUGCCUAGGCUAGUCAGAUAACAGAGCCAGGAUUCCACUGAGGCAGUCUGACUACUGUGCUACAACUGGCUUCAUCACCUCUACCUCCCCCUCUCCAUCAUUUGUAUGGUAUAUUUCUGUAGAAGUUUGUUUUGUUUUGAGAAUGUAAUACGCCCUUGAAAUAGUUGUACAUCUGUUAGAGUGACAAACUGUGGACACUAUUUAAAGAUCAGUUUUUCUUCCCUUUAGUUACAGUAACUUGAGAAAGUUUAUUAAACUCAGUACCAGAACACAAAAGAUGAAGAGUACAUGGUCCCUGUCCCCAGUGAACUGAAUCUCAGUUUGUAAUUGGUCAUUUGAACCAACCAAAUGUCUACUCCAAUAUUGGUGUGAAUUCUUUUACUUUGAACCAAGGUUGCUAAUGAAUGUUUGUUGCCUUCAAAAGUAUGCUCACCUUUAAAAGCCACCGACCAACUAGAAGUAUUGUCGUUACGUAAAGGUUUUUGAGUUAUUUUUGUUUUAAUAAGCCACACAACAAAGUCAGCUUUUCAUACAAAAAACAGUGGUACCUAGUUUGAUUACCUUCCUUAGUCAUCCUUAAAAUUAAAGCCUCGCAUGGAUAUUCACAAAGUAUCUAAAAAGGUGUUUUGUUUUGUUUUGUUUUUACAGCCCUGAUGGAGUAAGAUGUUUGCAGGCAGUAGAGGAGGAAAUGUGAAUGGAGGUAGUGGAUUUCACCAGGAACUUUGGAAGAGUGUUGGGUAUUAGUUGCACUGGAGGAGGAUGAGAAUUGAGCCCUAUUUAGAGGGAGAACAGAAAGACUUCUGUGAGGAGUGUGGGUAAAUAAACCAGGAACCUAUCCUGAAGAUCAUUGCUUAGCUCCUUGAAUACUUAAUUUUUAAAACUUUUUUGUAGAAUUUUAGAAUCAUUCACUAGCAUGCAUAUUUUGUGUCCAUUGAGACUGUCUUCUAAGGAGAAGAGCUAUGUGGUUUGAAAGUGCUUCUUGAUAUUGAGGUUUACAAAAAGUCUGAAGAGGAUGGAGCUGUGACUGGGAGUCCUAAGAGAUUUUACCAAGAAAAACUCAUUGGAGACUUUUAGAAGUGCCCUUUAGGCAAGUAAGAGAAAUUCUGGUGUUAGGAAGACAGUUUAAAUAUUAAUAUUAAGUUCAGUCUAAUUUGACUUUUCACUUGAGCCUGUAUUGCUUCACUGUUUGACAAAGAGUUCUAGCAUUUGAAGGUUGACUUAGCCAUUUCCCUCUUAGACAUGAACGAGAUAAUAAAUGAGAGAUUGUGGGAAACUAAGAGUAUCUUCAUUUUAUUGAGUGUCUCUUGCAUUUCUUACCUUGGCAUUGGCUCUUAGAUUUUUUGUUGUGACAUUUGGAAUACUCUGAACUUAAUAUUGGUGCCUUUAUAUUAAUAUAUGGAUUAUCCACAUGUCAUUCAUUCAGCAAGUAUUUUGAACAGCAGCUGCACAAUGCUAGGUAAUGGGAACACGAAUGAAUAAUUUAGUCUCUGUGUUCAAGCUGCUUCUAGACUGGUAGGGCAGACAAAAUUAAUAAACCCCAAGUUAGAGUACAGUGUAAGUACAAUGACAGAGGAAUACACCGUUUCCUAUUGAAUAAAGAAGAGCAAUUUGCUCUGACUCGGGAAUUUUACCUUGGGGGGGGUGUGAUCUUUUGAGGCAAGCUGUUAAAUAGAAAAGGAAUUAAUCAAACAGACUAGGUAGCAGUGGUAAGAAAUUUUCAGUAUGUAGACAGAAUGACAGAACAGAUAGAAGAUAAUUGUCCACUCUCAGUUAUCUUACACUUUCUCCAUCUUAGGGACCCCCCCUGCCCUGGAUGACUGCCAUAUAACUGGUAUUUCAAGGAUAUUGACUAAUUUUGGUAUUGCUUGAUUAAAUCUGUUGUAAAGAAUAACAGUUUAGUCUAUAUCUAUGAAAACUAAGAAUAAGUUGCUUUUCUGAGCAUUCUCAAUUUUUUAAACCAUUUCCUGUUGUAAUUUUAAUUUUAAGAGACUGAAAUAAAUUGAAAGUCCAAGAUGGAAUUAUUCAGUCUGUUUAAGGUAACAUUAUAUCUGAUUGUUUGUAGCGAAACUCACUUAAUUUUAGGUAUGUUUUAAAGAUUUAUACAUAGGAAGAGAACUUCGUGAAGUCAUUUUUACUCUGUUUACUCAUCUGCAAAUGCAGUUGGACUAGAGAAGGCCCCUUUCAGAUCCAAAAUCCAGUGAUUAAAUUUUAUAUCUCAAGAAUGAUACUUAUAAGUUGUUUUAAAAGCUAUCAGAAGAAAGGGUCCACCUCCCCUGUACCAAAUUUUCUCCUUAUGUUAACUACCCAAAUCAUGUAGCUUGAUUUAUGCCCCCCUCUCUCUCCUCCCCUCCUUCUUUUGGCAUUGUUUCUGUAUAGUGAUUGAUAACCCCUCAGAUGCAGUUAGACUCAGAUAUUCAUCUCUUGAAAAAUAAUGUACCUGAAUCUUGAUGUUUAGAAAUUAUCUUUUCAUGACAUAUUUUUUGUAUGUAUUCCUAGAAUGUUAUUUGAAUUUAAAUUAUGCCAGUUUUCUGAGUCAGCAAUUAUUUGGUUUACUACUAAGUUUUUGGAUAAAUAUUUGCUCAGAAUUGUUGUUCUCUUAGUCAAUAUCUCUAUAGUGCAAUGUUCUUAUAUUUCUAUCCCAAGAACAUAACUUACUAAAGCUAAAAAAACAAAAGUUACUUUUUUCAUCUCCAGUUAGAAAGGUUUCUACUCUAUUGGUUUGUCUUACAUGUUUAUAUUUCCUGGUUUUUUAGCUACUUUUAAUAUUGCUGUAUUGAAGUAACAGAGAUAUUAAGUAGCAGUUUCAUGUUCAGAAUCCUCUUAUUUUGCCUUGUAGAUUCUUGUUCUUUUUCUCUCUUGAGCAAGAUUGUAUAGCUCUUAGCCACAAAAUGAAGCAUUGAUUAAAAGAAUCCUAAUAAUAUCACCUACUGCAUUAUUUUUGGCUGCAAAAGUAGAAGAACAGGCUCGAAAACUUGAACAUGUUAUCAAAGUAGCACAUGCUUGUCUUCAUCCCCUAGAGCCACUGCUGGAUACUAAGUGUGAUGGGUUUGAGGGAUUGUUUUAUUUUGUCUUUUCUGAAGAGAGGAAUUUAAUUCUAAAAAAUAACGCACUGACCUACUGUGACAGUCAAGGAAUUACCACAUGAAAUAUCCUAGAGCUUACCUUCAGCAGACUCAAGAACUGGUUUUACUUGAAACCAUAAUGCUACAAACCCUAGGUUUUGAGAUCACCAUUGAACACCCACACACAGAUGUGGUGAAAUGUACCCAGUUAGUAAGAGCAAGCAAGGAUUUGGCACAGACAUCCUAUUUCAUGGCUACCAACAGUCUGCAUCUUACAACCUUCUGUCUUCAGUAUAAACCAACAGUGAUAGCAUGUGUAUGCAUUCAUUUGGCUUGCAAAUGGUCCAAUUGGGAGAUUCCCGUGUCAACUGAUGGAAAACAUUGGUGGGAAUAUGUGGAUCCUACAGUUACUCUGGAAUUACUAGAUGAGCUAACACAUGAGUUUCUACAAAUAUUGGAGAAAACGCCUAGUAGGUUGAAGAGGAUUCGAAACUGGAGGGCUAAUCAGGCGGCUAAGAAACCAAAAGUAGAUGGACAAGUAUCAGAAACACCACUUCUUGGUUCAUCUUUGGUCCAGAAUUCCAUUUUAGUAGAUAGUGUUACUGGUGUGCCUACCAACCCAAGUUUUCAGAAACCAUCCACAUCAACAUUCCCUGCACCAGUACCUCUAAAUUCAGGAAAUAUUUCUGUUCAAGACAGCCAUGCGUCUGAUAAUUUGUCAGUGCUAGCAACAGGAAUGCCAAGUACCUCAUACGGUUUGUCAUCACACCAAGAAUGGCCUCAGCAUCAAGAGUCGGCAAGGACAGAACAGAUGUAUUCACAGAAACAGGAGACAUCUUUGUCUGGUAGCCAAUACAGCAUCAACUUCCAGCAGGGACCUUCUGUAUCACUGCAUUCAGGAUUACAUCACAGACCUGACAAAAUUUCUGACCAUUCUUCUAUUAAGCAAGAUUAUACUCAUAAAGCAGGAAGCAGUAAACACCAUGGGCCAAUUUCUGCUACUCCUGGAGUAAUUCCUCAGAAAAUGUCUUUAGAUAAAUAUAGAGAAAAACGUAAGCUAGAAACCCUUGAUCUGGAUGCAAGGGAUCAUUAUAUAGCUGCCCAGGUAGAACAGCAACACAAACAUGUACAGUCCCAGGCAGCCAGCAGCAGUUCUGUAACCUCUCCCAUUAAAAUGAAAAUUCCCAUUGCAAAUGCUGAAAAACCUGACAAAUAUAUGGCAGAUAAGAAGGAAAAGAGUGGAUCGCUGAAAUUACGGAUUCCAAUACCACCCACUGAUAAAAGUGUCAGUAAAGAAGAACUGAAAAUGAAGAUAAAAGUUUCUUCCUCAGAAAGACACAGCUCUUCUGAUGAAGGCAGUGGGAAGAGCAAGCAUUCAAGCCCGCAUGUUAGCAGGGACCACAAGGAGAAGCACAAGGAGCACCCUGCCAGCCGCCACCACCCCGGCGGUCACAAGUACGCCCACUCGCACAGUGGCAGCGGCAGUGGUGGCAGCAAGCACAGUGCUGAGGGGGUACCACCCCCUGUGCUGAGGAGUCCUGUUGGCCUGAGCAGUGAUGGCAUUUCCUCUAGUUCCAGCUCUUCAAGGAAGAAGCUGCAUAUCAGUGAUGCCUCUCACAACCAUCACUCCAAAAUGAGCAAAAGUUCCAAAAGUUCAGGUAGUUCAUCUAGUUCUUCCUCCUCUGUUAAGCAGUAUGUAUCCUCUCACAACUCUGUUUUUAACCAUCCCUUACCCCCUCCUCCCCCUGUCACAUACCAGGUGGGCUACGGACAUCUCAGCACCCUCGUGAAACUGGACAAGAAGCCAGUGGAGACCAACGGUCCUGAGGUCAAUCACGAGUUCAGUGCACACAGCCAGCAUAUGGACUACAAAGACACAUUCGACAUGCUGGACUCGCUGCUAAGUGCCCAAGGAAUGAACAUGUGAUCACUUGUUUAGGUCCACUUUUCCUUUCCUUUUUUAAUUUAAAAAUUGUUAGAAUGGAAAACUUCCUCCUGAUCUAGCAGUGGUAACACCUGCUGUUACUGCCACUGCUUCAAUAUUUGUAAGUGCUGCUUUAUUCUUCAUUCUGAAAAGAAGAGAUUAUAGUAAACAAGUCUUUAUCUCCACAUAUGAUAGUGUUAUAAAUACUGUAAAAGCAUGGAAGGUGCAAAACUCAGUAUUUCUACAAUUGCAGCUAAGAACAUUAGGGUGAAUGGCUGGCUGCUUCUAGGAAUAUAAGAUGCCUCAAGCAUUUGUUUAUUUAUAAUUUGAAUACUGUAGCUAUUUUUUGUUGUUGCUUGGCUUUUGAAUGAGUGUAAAUUGUUUUCUUUUGUGUAUUUAUACUCGUAUGUAUGAUUUGCAUGUUUCAAUGAUAAAGGGAUAAAACAGUAUACUGACAACUGUUUACAAGAAAGUGGAGAAAAAUGUACAUACAUUUUUGUAUGUUUAGAUAUUACCAUAAAUACUCAGGAUUGGAGCUGCUUGUAAGUAUAACAAUAUACAGAAUAACUUUAUUUUAUCUUGUCAGAGUCCAUCACUAAUCUAAAACAAAGGUGGCACUUUUUCAUGUUAACCUUAAACUCUAGGCCUUACUGGAAGCCACUGAAGGGGGACACUUCACUACCAGAUGGGUAUGCAGUGCCACAGAUGGUCAUUUACACUGUGAGGCACUGAUUCUGCCUUCAGAGGUUCUGACCAGAUUGGCUGCUGAAAUAGCCCCUAAUUUUCUGAAGGCUUGAAGAGGAAAAAAUAAAGUUUACAUACUCUUGAUGUGAAGUGCAUUUAAGUGUUUGUUGGCUUGUUGCAGUACUAUAAACACAGAGCUGUUAAUAAUGGUUAUGUAGAUGACUGUGAUUUGAAAACUAAAUUCACAAAAACUUACAUUAGUGAAGAAUUAGUAAGUCUUUUUCUUAAAUAGAGAACUUGAACACUACGUAUCUGAACAGUAAACAGGAAUCGCUUGUCCUUCAGCGUUCAGAAGGACACCGUGUUCUGAAACAUACUUCUCCCCUGAAGCGCGUUUGUGUGUGAUGCCGUGUUUCUUUUUCAGGUAAAUGCAGUCUUCCGUAUAAAAAUAAAAUUAAACUUAUUGCUCUUCAGUUCUUUUAUAUUCUAACAAUAAAUAAAACAAAAAGAUCAUUGACUGUGCAUUGUACCUGUAUUUAUAGCUUAUGGUUGUUAACAGGAAGCUCACUGAGAAAAAAAAAAAAGGUAAGCCUCCAGGUAAACAGCUAGUGGAGGUUUUACAUUUGUUUGCACAUCUCAGUAUAUUCCUGUUGAAGUCAAGUUUGCACAGUCUUCUGACUUCGGAACAAAUGAUAGACUUUAACUUGUUUAAAAUUUGUCUUAAAUGCCGGUAACAUGGCUCUGGUUUAUCAGCUAAUCUUCAAUUCUGUGGUAAAUCUUUGGGCUGUUGAGUAUCUUUGAGAUAGGUUGAAUUCAACUUCUGUUGAAUUGAAAACUGUCUUAAUUUUUCCUCUAUGUAUAUGAAUUAUUUUUGUUACAAAGCCACUGAUAUGUGCACAAUUGUAAUUUUACUCAAGUAUGUUGCAGUUGUAAAUAUUAGAGAGUUUAAUCUCGUGCUCUACUCUUAUUUAGCAAUUACCUGAUCUGCCAGUAGCUUUAUAAUUUUUUUUUUAAGAUAAUUGUUCAUUAUUUGGUCAAUGUUAUUUGAACUUAGGAUACUAGGAUCCUCUUUCUAGGGACUUUGCCUAGCUAGCAUGUCCUGACUUUGUUCUUGUCUGGCAUAACUUUAGUAAUCUUUGUCAUCACAUGUAACUUUGUUACUCUGUAUGGCAUAUUAUUGUAUCCAUAAACAUGGUAAUUUUGAUACAGUUAUACUUUUACAGUGGUACAUAAUCCAAGGACUAGUAUAGAAUUAAGAUGAGUGCAAGAUGAGGGAGGGAAGGGUUUUGUUCUUGGUAAUUUAGAUGUGAAACCUCUAAGGAGCUAUCAUGUGAAACGAUGUAGGGUGGUUGUGCUACUGUAUAAUUGGGUUGAUAAUACCAGGAAUUUUAAUAAGAUUUUGUAAAGAAUAUGCAGAAAAGUAGUGAACUUAUUUUCAGUAUGACAUAGAAAACAAUGUGAAUAUUUAAGGUCUGUGACUAUACUUCACUAAGAAUUUGCAGAAUUGUUUUGAGAUGUGAGAAUAAAGGUAAUUUUGUUGAAUCUUUAUUGGUGCUAAUGAUGGACAGUUAAAAAGGUAGCUAGUGUAUAUUGUUAUGGGUCAGUACUUAUUAGUACUUCCAAAAUUGAAUUUGAAAUGCUAUGUAUUCACUUUUCACUCUGUAAAUGUAAUUCUUUACAAUGACUUUAUUUAUUAAAGGGCAGCCAGUUGUAAUUUUUA